GUUCUAAGCGACAGACAACACAUGCAAGAUGGCAACGGCGGUAAAAGAAGGGUGCAAGACACAGCAUACGCGUGGAACAAAAGGUCGCCUCGUGUUUGUACGUGCCCAAAUGGGAGUUUGGCCCCGCAGUGCCUUUUGUGCCCAGCCCAUUUCUCCACUCCCGCAGCAGCCACGCCAAAGCCUCUCUGCUUACCGUACUGCACCGUGCUUAGCCUGUGCGCACCUCGGAAAGUAGAUAAGCUCUCGGCGACUGUGGUGCAAUCACUUUUCUCCGCCCACGCGCCUUCUCCCGGACACUCCGAGUCCGUCCCUCGCAAUCUUCACUUCUCUCCGGGCUGCGCCUGGGUUCUUUCCCCGUCUUUGACCACCACCACCGUCGCUCCUUCACACCCCGUCGACAUUCGCCAGGAUGCGCCUCAACCUCCACAUCCCAGCCCUCGUCUUUCUCCUAGCCAACACCGCGCCCGCCGAUGCCGGCCUUUUCGCUCGGAGUUCGGAGUCUCUCGUUAGGGCCGUGAACCGUGUCCACCACAGAGCAGCUAAGCGGAGUACAGGGCUGGCGAAGGAUCUCCGUCGCGCGUUCUCUGGGAUGCUAUACGAGCAGGAGCUUGUCUCUACCAACCCCCAGAAGGUGUACUGUGUCAGCGGAUCAAGCUUGACCAAUGGUAGCGGCAGCAAUGGUACAUCCGAUUCUUCAUCUUCAUCCUCUCCCUCCGGCACCAGUUCUGCGCGUUCGUCGGGAACUGCUCAGCACUCGUCAACAGCGUCCAGUCCUGCAGCCACUAGUACCGGCUCGUCCUCAUCACCGUGGAAGGUUUUCAAGUCCUACCAAGGGGACACGUUCUUCGACGGCUGGGACUUCUUCACCACUAGUGACCCUACUCAUGGUAACGUGGACUUCAUCGACCGUAACACGGCGAACUCUUCGAACCUAAUUGAGAUCAACUCGGAUGGGCAUGCUAUCAUGCGCGUCGAGACGACCGCGAAGGUGUCGGCGAACCGCAAGUCUGUGCGGAUAACCACCACGGACACGUACACGGGCGCGCUCGUCGUGCUCGACGCGGUGCACAUGCCGACCGGGUGCGCGACGUGGCCUGCGUUCUGGAGUAAUGGCCCCAACUGGCCCGUAGGCGGCGAGAUCGACAUCGUUGAGGGCGUGAACACCAACUCGGACAACCAAGCAACGAUCCACACCAGCCACGGCUGCACCAUUCCGUCCAGCAACCCUUCCACGCUCGGCAUCACCGGCACCGUUGUCGGCGGCACGAACUGCGCCGCCGCGGAGACGAGCAACGCGGGGUGCGGCAUGGUCGCGACGCAGAGCAACACCUACGGCGUCGGCUUCAACAACAACGGGGGCGGCGUGUAUGCGAUGCAAUGGGUCGAUAGCGGUAUUUCCGUCUGGUUCUUCCCGCGGAGCUCCAUCCCCUCCGACCUCAGCUCCGGCGCGCCUGUGCCUAGCGGCUGGGGCACGCCCAUGGCGCACUGGCCGUCCUCUGGCUGCGACCCGUCGACGUUCUUCAGCCAGCAUUCCGCGAUCUUCGACACCACUCUCUGUGGUGACUGGGCCGGGAACGUCUGGGAGUCCGGAGGCUGCGCGGCGAGCACCGGUGUCUCGACGUGCGAGCAGUACGUGCAGGACAACGGCUCCGCGUUCAACGAUGCUUACUGGGAGGUGAACUACGUGAAGGUCUACCAGACGUCGUAGGGCACCCUGCCAUUCACGCUUGCUGCAUGCGGCGCGCCGCCGCUUCCGCUUCGCUUGGGGUCCUGGUGGUCCGGGCGGGCUGGUUGCGGGUUAUAGACACGGACGGACACGACAUACGCCACGACAACACUUAUGUGCACGGGUCUGGGAUGUAGAUGUAUCACAUUACUUUGGUGUAUCAUGUUAGGGGCAAUACAGCUUUG